AUGUUUGAUGUUGGUGGACAGAGAGACGAGAGAAGGAAAUGGAUACAGUGUUUCAACGAUGUAACAGCAAUUAUUUUUGUAUGCGCCAGUUCGUCUUAUAAUCUUAACUUAUGGGAAGAUUCAACUCAGAAUAGGCUAAAAGAAUCUCUGGCUCUAUUUAGGAAUAUUUGGAAUAAUCGCUGGCUGAAAACUAUUUCCGUUAUCUUAUUUUUAAAUAAGCAGGUGGAACGGGAAGCAGCUGAAAAACGGAAAGGUAAGAGGAAAACAGUUGUUGAAAUGAAUCGGCGUAUCUACCGGCUGUCAGAAGCCAGAAGCCGGCUGACUGCUAUGGACUUACAGAGAAAUCUGGAAGGCCAAAACGGGUUUGAGUUAUGUAUCAAAGGGGAGGAGUAUGCGGUUGGCAGCUUCGACGAGAAGUAA